AUGUCUAUUUUUGAAGGAACUGUUAAAUUAUGGGACAUAAGAAAAGGCAAAAAUCAUUGUGGAGAAAUUGUGGUUUUUGAUAGCAUGACAUUUGUCCAAUUCAGCCCUGUAACUGAAAGACAAUUUGUUACAAGCAGUAACUCUGCUUUUAGCAAGAAAAGUAGAAUCCCAUUUUUAGAUGAUAGCGAUGACAUACUAGUAAAAUAUAUAACGACAUUAUCAAAAAAUAAUAAAACUGCAAGGCCUGAUAUAAGUUCAGUAACGUUUCAUCCUUCAGAAUCUAAUACUUGCUAUUCCAAUAAGGGCACAUUUAAGCAAGCACAUUUUGGUGGACCAAAUGGCGAUUAUAUAUUAACUGGAAGCACUAUGGCAACUAUUGCUACUAUCACUACUGCUGCUAUACUGCCUACUUAUUUAGAUGAUGGUGGAAGGACAGGAAGGAUGGAACAAAUUGAGAGAGGACGGAAGCUUGCAUCUAAGGGUACAGCUCAUAAUUAUAAUAAUACAACAAUAAUAUAG